AUGGUAUUGAAGCUCACAAUGGAGGAUGACAAGAAACGGUCUAAGGCCAUGCAAACUGCUGUCAAAUUUUAUGGGGUUGAAUCAGCAGAAAUUCAAGGGGAAGCGAAAGAUAAACUUGUUGUGAUUGGAAAUGGAGUAGACCCUGUAAACUUGACAACAAGUCUGAGGAAGAAGAUGAAAGUUGAAGUGCAUGUUGAAAGUGUAAGUGGAGUUGAAGAGAAGAAAGAAGAGAAGAAGGAAGAGAAGAAGGUUGAAUUUGAACCAAUAAAUUACUGGUCUUAUUAUAAUCAACAACCCUACUUCCUGCCACCACCAUAUAUAUGUUACAUUUGA